AUGGCGGAUAUGUCUCUUGAUCCAAUUAUGGAGAAGAUCAUCAGCUUUUGCUUCCGUUACGUGGAAGAUCAAGUCAGAUGGAAGAAACGCACGAAGGAGGAGCUGCAAAGGCUGCGAGAGAAGUACCCCAAGAUCCAAGCUGUCGUCCACUUUGCUUCCAGCCAAGAGCAGAUCACAGACAAAAAUCCGGCUCUUAACGAAUGGCUAUGGCAGCUACAAGAUGCCAUUGAUGAUGCAGAUGACGUGGUUGAUGAUCUGGAGUACAUGGAACUUGAAAAACAGCUGACCAAAAACAAGAAGCUGAGAAGGGUGCGUUCCAUCAUGAAAUCCAUGAAGAAAAAACUCGUCAAAAUUGGCAACCGAGUUAUCAAAAGAGAUCCCAACUUGAAGCGACUGGAGGAGGCUGUGCAGAAACUUGAUGAAGUUUCUGCUGAUGUUACUAAUUUCCUUCAUCUUUUAGACAGCGCGAAGCAGGAACAGAAGGAGCAGGAGGUUGAUUUCUACAGAACACGAGAGGCACGUUUGGAGACACUUGGGGCACUUCAAGGGAUCUCAAAGAGGUUUGAUAAAGAUGAUUUAGUCCGAAUGUGGAUUGCAUUGGGUUUCAUUCAGCCGUCUCAAGGAACGAUUAUGGAAGAUAUCGGAGGAAGGUAUUUUGAUGUUUUAGUUAAAAAAAAUUUAUUUGACAAGGUCGGAGAUUGCUACAUGAUGCAUGAUUUAAUACAUGAGUCAGCAUCUAAAUUUUUUGCACAGAAAUGCGGUAAACUUGUGGUUGAUGAAGAGUCACCUCUCAAUCAGAUUUCUGAGACUAUUCGACACUUGUCUAUUCAAACUACAAAUCUAGACAUCUUAAGAAAGAUUGAGAAGUUUAAACAUUUGCAUUCUCUUUUCUUGUUCUAUGAAGAUUCUAAUCAGGGUCUUGGCAGUGCACUUACUGAAAUAUUCAAAGCAUCAAGAUGCCUGCGCUUAUUAUACAUACGUGCUGAUGAAUUCCAAGGGAUACCUGAAAAGAUUAGAUAUUUGAAACAUCUUCGAUAUUUGAAGAUAGAAGGAGUUAAAUCAUAUCAUUUUACUAGGCUACCAAGAUCUCUAAGUAAUCUCUAUCACUUGCUAUACAUAAUCCAUGGUCGCUCAUGGGGGCUAAAUUAUCCUAAAGAUGGUGAUUUUUUACCAUGUGACAUUAAUAACCUUUCUAACUUGCGUUAUCUGGAAUUUCCCGGGACUUUUAUUUCAUCGAUAUGUGGGAUUGGGAAGCUAAUGUCUCUUCAAGAAUUGAAUAGGUUUGAUAUUAGGGAUGUAAGUGGAUAUAGAAUUGGGGAGCUGGAGAAUAUGAAUGAUCUUUGCAAAUUAGGAAUAAAUUGCCUUGAAAAUGUUAAGAAUGCUGAGGAGGCUUGUAGUGCCAAAUUAUGUGAAAAGAGGAGGCUCACAAAAUUGACCUUAUGUUGGAGUUCGGGUGUCACUCAUUCGAGGAACAACGAUUUAGAUGAGAAUGUGCUCAACAACCUUCAGCCACCAAAAUGUCUAAGGAAUUUGAGCAUAGACAGUUACACGGGUGCAAGGUCUGCAAAAUGGAUGAACAAUGUCAAUUCGAUCUUCAAUCUAGAGAAAAUCGAAUUGAAAUUUUGCAGUCAGUGGGAAACUUUUCCUUCUUUCGGGCAACUCCCCUUCCUUAAGUCGCUGACACUUUCUGGCAUGCCGAAAGUAAAAUGGCUCGAAAGUAAAUUUAAUGGGAAUGAUAAAUACCGUGCUUUUCCAUUGCUAGAGGUGUUACAUAUUUGGGGAUUAGAAGCAUUAGAGGAUUGGUUUGAGGCAGGAGUAGCUGCUGAAGACGGAUGUUUGUUUCCUUGCUUAACUGAUCUGGUGCUGUAUAACUGCCCGAAGUUGAAAGAGUUGCCCUCUUUGCCUUCUGAGCUCAAGAGGUUGGUGAUACGUAGAACUGGGUGGACAACUUUGAAUUUUCGUAGCAAUUCAAAUCCUAUUCCCCUUAAAUCAUUAGAGGUCUUUCACUGUCCAAACAUUACAUCUCUUCUUCUGGCUGAUGAAAUAGCAAGACUUGCAGCACUAAGAAAGUUGAAAAUUCAGAAGUGCCCUAGUCUGAUCUUUCUCGGAGAAAUGCAAACCAGUAAUAAUUGCCAUCUCAUGCUCAGCCAUCUUAGCAUAAGUGAUCCAUCGGUGUUGCUAAUGGAGCCAUUGAGAAGUAUCGCCUCCUUUAAAAUGCUGAGUAUUGAGGAUAAUGAUGAGCUGGUUUCAUUUCCAAAUGAGGCGGAGCAGUGGUUUCUCAAUGAUAGGACUUCUCUUUCUGAGCUGCAAUUUUGUAAUCUCAAAUCCUUAGAGACUCUCCCUUCCUCCUUGGAAAGCUUAUCUUCACUUCAGAGCCUAUAUAUUGAGCAUGUUCCUAUGCUUCGGGAAUUACCGAACCUUCCUCCCUCUUUGCAACGUCUAUCAAUAAUUGGGGAAUGUCAUCCAGAGUUAAAGGAGCGCUAUCGAGAGGAUGGAGGCUCCGAUUGGCAAAAUAUUGCUCACAUUCCUGAUAUCUCUAUUCGUCCCGAAUGAUAGGUACAAGUACUUUAAUGAAAAUUUCCUUGAAGAAUGUAAUCUCCGCAUGAACCAGUUUGUAUCACUUGAUCAAUGUACUCAAUUUUAUUUAUGUAUUAUUUGAUGGUUAAAAAUAUUCGUACAUUA